AUGGCUUCUCUGUUUCUAUAGAUCCAGCAUGUCUGGCUUGCACCUAGUAAAACAAGGUCGAGACAGAAAGAAAAUAGACUCUCAGCGAGAUUUCACUGUGGCUUCUCCAGCAGAAUUUGUUACUCGUUUUGGGGGAAAUAAAGUGAUUGAGAAGGUUCUUAUUGCCAAUAAUGGUAUUGCCGCAGUGAAAUGCAUGAGAUCUAUUCGUCGGUGGUCUUAUGAAAUGUUUCGAAAUGAACGUGCAAUUCGAUUUGUCGUCAUGGUUACACCUGAAGACCUUAAAGCCAAUGCAGGUGAGUUUCUAGCUUUAUGUCACUUUAGAUAUAAAACAUUGAAUAGAUCUGCCUGUAAGUAGGAGAAUGU